GCCAUGCGGGCCGGCGGGCCUUAGGGCAGGGGGGCGGGGGGCGAUGGAGCGGAGGCUGCAGGCCCUGGAGAGGCUGGUGCUUGGGGAGGGAGGAGGGCUGGACGGCCUCCUCGACCUGCUGCUCGGAUUGCACCACGAGCUCAGCAGCGCCCCCCUGCGGCCGGACAGAACCGUGGCGCACUUCCUCAGCUGGGUCACCCCCUUCGUGACUAAAGUGAAGGAAUUACGACUCCAGAGGGAUGAUUUUGAGAUCUUGAAGGUGAUUGGCCGAGGAGCCUUUGGGGAGGUCGCUGUCGUGAGGGAGAAAAACAGCGGCAAGAUCUUCGCCAUGAAAAUGCUGCACAAGUGGGAGAUGCUCAAGAGAGCGGAGACGGCAUGUUUCCGGGAAGAGCGGGACGUGCUGGUGAAGGGAGACAGGCGCUGGGUGACAGCUCUCCACUACGCCUUCCAGGAUGAGGAGUAUCUGUACCUGGUGAUGGAUUACUACGCCGGGGGAGACCUGCUGACCCUGCUGAGCCGCUUUGAGGACCGGCUGCCCCCGGAGCUGGCGCAGUUCUACUUGGCGGAGAUGGUGCUGGCCAUCCAUUCCUUGCACAAGCUCGGCUACGUCCACAGGGACAUCAAACCGGACAACGUGCUGCUGGACACCAACGGGCACAUCCGAUUGGCCGACUUCGGCUCCUGCCUGCGACUCAACGAGGAUGGGAUGGUGGACUCCUCGGUGGCCGUGGGGACCCCAGAUUACAUCUCCCCCGAGAUCCUGCAGGCCAUGGAAGAAGGCAGGGACCGCUACGGCCCACAGUGCGAUUGGUGGUCCCUGGGCGUCUGCAUGUAUGAGCUGCUGUUCGGCGAGACGCCGUUCUACGCCGAAUCCCUGGUGGAGACCUACGGAAAGAUCAUGAAUCACGAGGACCACCUGCAGUUCCCCUCGGACGUCCCCGAGGUGUCGGACAGCGCUCGGGAUCUCAUCCGGAAGCUCCUGUGCCGUCAGGAGGAACGCCUGGGCCGGGGAGGCCUGGAGGACUUUCGCAGUCACCCCUUCUUCGAGGGGGUGGACUGGGAGCGGCUCCCCGCCAGCUCUGCCCCUUACGUCCCCGAACUCCGGGGACCCCUGGACACCUCCAACUUCGACGUGGACGAUGACAGUCUCAAUCACCCGGAGACCCUCCCUCCCCCUUCCCACAGUGCCUUCUCUGGCCACCACCUGCCUUUUGUGGGCUUCACCUUCACCUCAGGCAGCCCCGUCUCAGAGAGGAGUCCGAGCCUGCCUACAUCCGGUCUGGAGCGGAGAAUCCGAGCCUUGGAGCAGGAGAAGAUGGAGCUGAACCGACAACUCCAAGAGGCCCUGCAGAAAGCUUCUUCCAGACCCGUGGAGCUGGAGCAACUGAAAGUGGAGCUGGAAACUUUACGCAGGAAACUGACAGAGUCCCAGAAAGAGAGAACCGCCCUCCGUUCGGAUGCAACGAGUGGGGGGCCGGCCCCCCGAAUCACAGCACUGAUUCAGGAAAAGGACCAGCUGCACCAGGAACUGGGAGAGGCGCGGGCCCAGUUGCGGGCUCAGGAGCUGGAGCUGCAAGGGGGCCGGGAGAAGCAGAAAAAGCUACAGCAGAGGCUGCGGGAGGCCCAGGAGGCUGCAGAGGCUGCAGGAGGGCAGGCCCAAGGGCUGAGCCGUGAUCUGGACCAGGCCAGGGCAGCCCGGAGUGAGCUAGAAGCCAAGGUGGCCACUUUGAACAAUGAGGUGGUGCAGCUGCAGAAGCAGAGACAGAGGAGCUGGGAGGAGCUGACUACAGUCAAGACCAUAUACCCGCACCCUGAGACCAACGGCUCCAGCCCCCCGCCCACGGACACCCCAAGCAGCCAGCAGGAGGUGCCGAGGAAGGAGACGUCGGGCCCGAAGGUCCAGAUGGGCCAGGGCCUGAGCCGGUGCCUGCAAGAGGAGACACUGUCCCAGCUGAGAGAGGAGAAUCAGCGUCUCGUCCAGGAACAGGAUCGGCUGGCCAGAGAGCUGAUGCAGGAGCAGCAGAAGAGGGAGCGCACAGAGGAUGAGCGGAGGGAGAGCGAGAGCAACUGGGAGGCCCAGAUCUCGGACAUCCUGUCCUGGAUGAAUGACGAGAAGAUCUCACGGGGAUACCUGCAGGCUCUGGCCACCAAGAUGGGAGAAGAGCUGGAGACCCUGCGCAACGUCGGGGUCCAGACUCUCCCAACCCGGUCUUUGGAUCACCAGUGGAAGGCCCGGCGACUGCAGAAGAUGGAGGCGUCGGCCAAACUGGAGCUGCAGUCGGCCUUGGAGGCGGAAAUCCGGGCCAAGCAGGGCAUCCAGGAGGAGCUGAACCGAGUCAAGGAGGCCCAGCGGCAGGGAGACUGCCGCCUGCAGGAGGUGGAGCGGCAGAACCAGGUUCUCCAACAGGAGCUGACCAAGCUGAAGGAGGAGAUGAAGACUCGGGGGCCUGGAGACUCCAAGCCCCCAAAUUCCUUGAUCCCCUUCCUGCCCUUGAGGAGCCCUGAGAAGGAUCCCUCCAGGUCCUCAGACCCCCAGGAGAACCGCAGAUCCGGGGGCGAAGCUGAGCUGCGGCCAGAGGGGCGUCGCAGUAUGAGGACUGGGAUGGUCUUCCCGCAUUCCUCCCCAGCCCCCGGGGACAGCUCCCCCACCAAGGCCCAGCCCGGAGUCCACUCCCUGCGUCCCCGGACUUUCCCCUCACCCAACAAGUGCCUGUACUGCACCGCCCUCAUGCUGGGGCUCAGCCGCCAGGGAUUGUACUGUGAGGCGUGUGGCUAUUUUUGCCACGUGGCGUGUGCCCCUCUGGCACCUCCCUGCCCUGUGCCUCAGGAGCUGCUCCGCACCGUCCUGGGGGUGAACCCCGAAACUGGCAUUGGCACGGCCUAUGAGGGGUAUCUGUCGGUGCCCCGCCCCUCGGGAGUCCGCCGGGGCUGGCAGAGGAUGUUCGCCACGCUCAGCGAUUUCCGCCUUCUGCUUUACGAUGCCCCCGAUGCCCGGGUCCCCCCGGCGAGCCACGCGCUGGCACAAGUGCUGGACUUGAGGGACCCCCAGUUCUCAGCGACCCCCGUCCUGGCCUCCGAUGUCAUCCACGCGCAAACCCGAGAGCUGCCCUGCAUCUUCCGCGUGACGGCUUCCCAGCUGACGGUGCCGCCCACCCUGUGCUCGGUCCUGCUGCUGGCCGAGAGCGAGGAGGAGCGGGGCCGCUGGCUGCAGGUGCUGGGGGAGCUGCAGCGCCUCCUGCUAGACACCCGGCCCCGGCCCCUGCCCAUCUACACCCUCAAGGAGGCCUACGACAACGGGCUGCCCCUCCUGGCCCACGCCCUCUGCGCCGCCAUUGUCGAUCGGGAGCGCCUGGCCCUGGGCACCGAAGAGGGCCUCUUCGUCAUCCACCUCCGCAGUAACGACAUCUUCCAGGUGGGGGACUGUAAGCGUGUCCAGCGUCUGGCGGUGUGCCCGCCGGCCGGGCUCCUGGCGGUGAUGUGCGGCCGGGGGCCCAGCAUCCGCCUCUUCCCCCUGAGCGAGCUGGAGAGCGGCGAGACGGCGGGCACCAAGAUCCCCGAGUCCCGCGGCUGCCUGGCGCUGGCGGCCGGGCUGAUCCUGCAGGCCAGCACGCCCGUGCUCUGCCUGGGCGUCAAGCGGCAGGUGCUGUGCUUCCAGCUGAGCCCCGGGCCCGGGCCGGGGCCCCGGCACCGACGCAUCCGCGAGCUGCAGGCGGCCGCGCCCGUGCAGAGCCUGGGCCUACUGGGCGACCGCGUGUGCGUCGGGGCGGCCGGGGCCUUCGCCCUGCACCCUCUGCUCAACGAGGCGGCCCCGCUGGCGCUGGGCGCGGCGGAGGAGCUGCGGGGUGCCGGGCCGUGCGAGGCGCUGGGCGUGGUGGAGCUCAGCCUCAGCGAGUUCCUGCUCCUCUUCGCUGCCGCCGGGGUCUACGUGGACGCCAACGGCAGGAAGUCCCGCAGCCAGGAGCUGCUCUGGCCCGCGGCCCCCUGCGGCUGGGGGUACGCGACGCCGUACCUGACGGUGUUCAGUGAGAACGCGAUCGACGUGUUUGACGUGAGGAAAGCGGAGUGGGUCCAGUCCGUGCCACUCAAGAAGGUGCGACCCCUGAACCCUGAAGGCUCCCUGUGCCUCUACGGCUCCGAGAAAGUCCGACUGACCUACCUCAGGAACAGACUGGCGGAGAAGGACGAGUUCGACAUCCCGGACCUGACGGACAACAGCCGACGUCAGCUGCUGCGUACCAAGAGCAAACGGCGAUUCUCCUUCCGCGUUUCUGAGGAGCAGCGGCAGCAACAGCGCAGGGAGAUGCUGAAAGACCCCUACGUGCGCUCCAAGUUCAUCUCCCUUCCCACCAACUUCAACCACCUGGUGCACAUGGGGCCCGGGGAUGGCCGGACGGCCCCUAAGCACCCGCCCUCGUCCGCAGAGACCAAGACCCGCGGAGCCCCGGGUCCCAUCCUGACCCGGCCCCACAGCUUCUCGGAGGCACCCAGACGUCCGCUGUCCAUGGGGAGCGAGAUCCUGACUGGGGAGGCGGACGUCGUGAAAUGCAAACCCAGGACCUCCCUCUCCAGUGAGUCUGUGUCCUGCCCUCAGGAUCCCCUGGCCCCCGCGGCUUCGUUGAGCCAGAUCUCCGAGAGACCGCGGAGCCUGCCGCCGGUCCCCGCCUCCGAGAGCUCCCUCUGACGCCGCCCCCCGUGGGGGGCCUGCGCCCCCACCCCGGGGAGGAUCCCCAACCCCCGUUCUGACCAGGCCGUCCAGAGGCCCCAUUUGGUGGGGAGGGGGGGCUGGGGCUUAAGUGUCCCCUGCUGGUCAGUGUGGCUUGAGGUCACCCGGCCCCUCCGGCCCCCUUCCAGAAAGGCCGGCCAGCCGGAAGCCAGGCUGCUGCCGUCUGGAGGCCUGGUAGCCGGAGGGGAUGAGAACCCCCGUUUCCUCCGGAAGCCAUUUCAGGGUUCGAACCGUCCCGGUGGGGGUGGAGGGCCGGGGGCAGGCCCAGGGACCCACUCCGAGGCCCCAAAAGCCCGGAGCUGUCCAUCACCCUCCCCGCUCAACCCGAUGGCCUCAUCUAACCCUACCCCAAGGGCCUCUCGCCACCCCCUCCUCACCUCAGGCGGCCCCCCCAGGCCCCUUAGGUUCCCAGCCAGGGAGCCCCUCCCUUCCGUCCCAGCCCCCUAUGUGGGCUGAGGGGGCACAGUGUUAGCCGUAGUGUUAGCUUCAGGGCUGUAACAGGAUCACGACUCCUCAUCGGGCCUUUAGUUGGGGCCUACAGGGGCCCGGGCUUCCCCCUGCAGCUCAGCCUGGGGAGGAACCAGGGGCCCGGCGGCGCCCCAGGGCGAGUCUGCCCAGCCACUUGGGGACGUCUCUGUCACCACCCUGCUCCCCCCUGCCGUCCCCUCGUCCUUUCCCCUGCCCACCCCCACCCCCCUGCCCCUCUGGGGUUAUCUGUGCCAAAGCGCCAUGUCGCCAUCUGGGAGGGAGAGGUGAGAAGGGGAGAGCAGUGCAGAGGCCAGAGAGAGACCUCCGGAGAGGAGGGACGGGGCCACAGAGACGAGCGAAGGAAAGAAUCAGGAGGAAGGGAAGUUGUGGACGGGAGCAUCGGAGGGAAGAACCCGGCUUUGCCGCCAUCUGGGCUCCGGCCCGGGUAAGGAGAUGGCCUCAUCUAACCCUACCCAAAGAGCCCCUCGCCACCCCCUCCUCACCUCAGGGCCCCCCAGGCCCAUUUGGUUCCCAACCGGGGAUCCCCUCCCUCCCGUCCCAGCCUCCCACGUGGGCUGAGGGGGCCACAGGGGAUCUGGACGCUGAGCCGAACUCGCCAGAUCUCCCUGGGGGCUGUCCCCGACCCGUGGCUGGAAACCCGUCCGAGGACCUGAGCCAGGAGGAGGUCAGAGCUAGCCAUGUGGUCCAGGUGAUGGUGAAGGGCGAGACAGCAGGGGCUGGGGGUGGGCGAGAGACAGAGUUACACAGUAUUGGGGAAAUAUCUACAGAUGGUGUUGGGGAGAUAUCUGGCGAGAAAGAGACAGAGACAGGUAGUGAGAGGUGGGAGAUGUCUAACAGGAGAGACAGAGAAAGGAAGACAGAAAGAAAGAGGUGGGUUCGAGAGGUAGAGAUGGGAGCUCUAAUGGGAGAGAGACAGAGUUCAGUCAGUAAGUAGGACAGAUUGAGAUAUCAAGAAAGAUCGAGAGGGGUGGGAUCAAGAGGGAGAGAUGGAGAUAAUUGGAGAGAGACAAAGAGAUGGGAUUGAGAAGUAGUUUUAGGAGAGGUCCAUGGAAGAGACAGAGAUAGAGGGAUAUCGCAAAAGAUGGAGACAGAUGGGAUUAAGGGAGAGAGAUGGGAGAGGGAGCGCUCUAAUGGGGGAGAUGACAGGAGAGAAAUGGAAAGAGAUGGAACUGAGGCAGCAUAGAGAGAUCAGAAGAGGAGAGAUUGGGAAAGAGGUGAGAUGGGUUCGGGAGUCAGGAAGAGAAGAGGAGGCGGCAUGAGGGCUGAGGGGUGGGUUAGGGAACGUUUUAUUUAAAGAAAUUGGACAUGAUCAUCUAAUCAGCCUGGCCAGAUAGAGAUGAUUUUACGGGGAGGGUUGUUUGGGGGGUGGGGGCGAGGGAGUAUUUAUGAUGAGCUAAAUUGUGGGGAAGGGGAGAGGGCUUGGGUUGGGGAGAGAAUCCAGUUUGACUCUUUAACCCUUCGUGAGGGGGGGAAUGCUAUUGUCAAGGCUUCAACCAGUCGUGUAUUAGGGAGUCAUAUUGGGGAGAAUUUUAUUAUUAUUAUUAUUGAUAAUAUUAUUAUUAUUGUUGUUAUUAUUUUUUUAAACUCCGCCUUGGAGUGGAGGGCAAGACAAAUAUUUAUCUAAUGGCUUCCAGUGUUUUGUGGAAGGACAGAUACAGAUGUUCUGUGUGACUACCAGAAAUCUAAUAAAGGCUUCUUUGUAAAUGCCCA